UUUUUCUCUUCCAAAAUUAGAAAAAGAGAAAAAAUACAAGGAAAUGAAUCCGUGAAAUUCCGUCGGAAAAACAAUCACAAAAACAGUAGCAGCAGCUUUAAGAAGAAACAGAGGAGAAAACAAACGAGAUUUCUCUUUUUUCUCUAUAAAUUUCUAGUUUAUUAUUGUUAUUAUUAUUAUUAUUAUUUUCCUCUGUUUCUCUGUUAAUAGACAAUGAGCGAUCAAUCGGAGGAAUCGCCUCUCAUGGCUCCCCCACUGAUCACCGAGCCCGGCGAGAUCGACCUUGAGACCGGUCCUGCCGAUCAAAUUCAGUGUCGAAUUUGCCUUGAAACUGACGGUAGAGAUUUUAUUGCUCCUUGCAAGUGCAAAGGGACUUCAAAAUAUGUACACCGCGAAUGUUUAGAUCAUUGGCGAGCUGUAAAGGAAGGGUUUGCAUUUGCUCAUUGCACAACCUGUAAAGCUCCUUACCAUUUGAGAGUUCAUGUUGCAGCUGAUAGGAAAUGGCGAACCUUGAAAUUCCGAUUUUUUGUGACCAGAGACAUUUUAUCCAUAUUUCUGGCUGUUCAACUAGUUAUUGCUUCACUGGCAUAUUUGGUCUAUUUAAUUGACAGUUACCAGCAUUCAUGGCUCCGUCUUGCAUGGGGUUUUGAGAGUGAGCUUAGUUUCUAUUACAUAUGUGGAGCAUUACUAUUUUUUGCUUUGCUGGGGCUAUCAGGGUGCUUUAUUACUUGCUAUGAUCGAAGAGUGCGUAAUGAUUUGGCUCAGCCUUGUAGAGAAUUAUGUCUUUGUUGCUGUCAGCCUGGAAUGUGUGCGGACUGCCAUCUACCUGGCACUCUUUGUAUGUGGACUGACUGUACUACAUGUUUUGAAAGCUGUGCUAGUGCUGCUACUGAAUGUGGUUGCCUAGGUGGUGCUGGUGAAGCAGGGCUCCCAUUAUUGUUCAUAAUGGCAUUGAUUGUGCUGGGACUAUUUACUGUGAUUGGUAUAUUUUACAGUGUUUUGGUUGCUACAAUGGUUGGACAAAGGAUUUGGCAGCGGCACUAUCACAUACUCGCAAAAAGAAUGCUGACAAAAGAAUACGUUGUUGAGGAUGUUGAUGGUGAAAUGACUGGGUCUGACUGGUCUCCUCCCCCUCUCCCACCUGAGCAUGUCCAGCAGCUGAAAACACUUGGCCUUCUGUGAGUUCGGAAUUAUAUUUUAUCGUUGACAAAAACAACAUAAUGUAAAGAUGGACUGGCUCCCUAUUUUGGUAGGUCAGUCUUCACUCCGGGCUUAUGAAUCCACUUACUCCAACAAAAGAGUUUUAUGCAUUUAUCUAGGAAGAAAAUUUACAGAGGUUGUUAAUAUCAUUCAGUUAGAAGUCUGUGAAUGAUAAUAUGUGAAAUUCUUAACACUUUUUUUUUUUUGUUUUCUAUAUCCUGUAAUGUUUACCAUUAGUUUCACUUCCAUGAGGAAACUGGAACAUGGUAUAUAUAACUGACAACAUGCAUUUGAAAUCCUGCCAAAUAUUAAUAACCUUGUAGAGAUCCGUUUUCUUUU